AUGUGUUCAGUAAAGGCGGUAGAAUUUUCUAAAAGCAGCCGAGGCGUUUCAGUUGGAUUCUUAGGAGAUUGUCCAGGGUCCUUAAAACCAGCAGUAAUCAAGCCGAAAACUCUAGAAAAGCUGUCCAUCUCCGUCCUAGCUCCCGGCAAUGUUCUCAUGGCAAAUUGGACCAAAUACAGCUACUACCACGCUUCCAAGUUGGCAACACAUCACGAAGUGGACUUCAACAAGAAGACGGUUGUGCUGGUGCCGGGAUAUUUAGACUCUAUUAAUUUCCCUACGAUGAGAACUAUGGGAACCGUUUAUAAGGAGUUGGGAUAUAAUGUCCUCUUGGUCGACUAUUUCGAGCUGACGGCACAACAUUUUCCUAUUGCGGCACGCCUGAUCCGGCCCGUUGGCAGACACGUAGCCGAAAUGCUGGUAAAUUUGAGAAACCACGGCUUAGACCCAAAAAAACUGGAACUAAUCGGAAUCAGCCUCGGCGGACAAGCCAUAAGCUUCAUAGCCAAGCAUUACCGACACUUGACUGGUCAAAACAUCUCCUCGAUCACCGCAAUCGACCCAUCCGGCCCUUGUUUCAGACAUCUAGGACCCAAAGACAGACUAGAUUCGUCUGAUGCAGAUUUCAUCCUUCAAAUCAUAACGAAUAUGGACGGUUUUGGUACAUCAGUUCCUGCUGGACACGUGACGGUCUUGGUCAACGGAGGAGAGUACCAACCUGGAGACUUUUGGACAUUGCCAUGCCUUGUCAUGUGCAGUCAUAUAAGGUCUUAUUUCAUUUGGCUCUCAGCUUUGAUGAACCCAGGAACAUUUAUAGCUAUACAAUGUGAUUCUGUGCAACAAGCUAGAGAUGGAGACUGCUAUGAACGGCUUCCAAGAGUGACGAAUACUGUGGACUUAUUUACAGACAGAAGUAAACCGGGCAUAUACUAUUUGCAUACAUUUAACAGGUACCCUUACGGUUUGGGGAAAAGAGGAUUGAAGAGGAAAUAUAAUGAAGUCACGAAGCACUUAAACUGGCUUAAUCGUGAUGAUGUGUUCACGGUUUAA